AGUUAGUGUGAGUUGAACAUUGCCAGGGAGAAAUGGGUUUGUCCUUGCCUUUAUCACAGAGAUCCUGUGCAGCACUUCAGCUCUUCACGGGUGGCCACUCUUUGUUAGGCUCCCAGUUUCUGCAUGCUCCAUUUGAGAUGCCAAGGGUUGAGUUUAACUGCUGGAACUGGAAAUGGGCUCUAUGACAUACACUGAAGGGAAAUGCUAAAUAACCUGGAGUGAGUCUUUGUCACAAGUUUUGCGCUCAAACUGAAGCUUUUGGCCUCUGGGCCUCCGUUGCGAAAUGGGGUUUAGUCUAACUCCACCUUCCCUCACCUCCAAUGAUGAUAACAACGUAUUUGUUUGCAAAUCAGUAGGCUGCUGCAGUGACAGACAGCAAAGAAAUGCCCUGGAAUAAACGAAUAAUUCUGUAUUCUGCACAGGGCUUGGCUGCUGUGCAGUAAAUAUAUUCAAUGUGUGGUCCAGACACUAUGCCAAUAAAGAAGAAACAGAAGAGUGACUGGCUGCUCAUUCAGCUAUCACUGCCUUCAGUGCCUUGAAUAUAUGGAUCCCCAGGCAAAAUAACUGGAGGCUGUGCUAUAAUGCCAGUACUAUAACUCAUUUAUAGUAGGCAUGAAUCAAGGGUGCCCCAGCAAUUCUAUUCCUGGCAUGUCCCAAUGCUGAGGAUUGGGGUUUACACACUGAACAUCCUUAAGUUGUGCUGUCUUUGUUUCUUUUUGUUUGUUACUGAAGUUUAUUUUCCUACCUGCAUUGUGUAUGCAUGGUGUGAGAGAUGCAUCUAUUUAUGGACUGAGGCAGAGAAAUAAUAUAGAUGAAUGUCUGAGGAAGGUAACUGCAGGUGUAAAUAACCCCAGCCUGAAUGCAGGUUGGUCAAACCCUUCAUUACAGGCUUUUUUUUUUCUCCAAGUCCUCUAGAAUGAACUGCUUAAUUGGCAGCUCAUUCUGCCUGGAGAGGCAGGAGGGAGGGAGAGAUGUGUAGUGUUACAGCAGCUUCUGGAGAUGCUGGUCACUUCUUGCAGUGUUUGGAAGACAAAGGUAGAUUCAAGAUUACUGUAUGAUUUCCCCAAAUAUGCAAGCUAUUGAGAAGAGAUUUGUUUUUGAAAGAUAAGCCACAGUGAUGUGAGGAAUUUCUUUUUUCUAACUACAAGAGCUAUAAAUGAAUCUAUAAGUGAUGAGGCAAUGGUUGAGUACAUCGCUGGAUAACGUGUGGUCAGUUUGACCCUGCUGUCUUAAUUCAGGGCGUCAUUGAAACCACUAUAAAGUAGGGCUUUGUGCUGCCUUAAAGGGGUAUGUGCAAUCUCCAAGAAAUGGGCAUAGUUACAGAGACAAUCCCUUUGGCUCACUUUUUGUUUGGUUGUUUCAUUUUUACUAUCUGUGGUGCAGUAAAUUAAAACAAAAACAAGUCUGGACUUGGCAUGCCUGUGUAAAUAAACUGCUGUGUGUGAAUCGACAGCUCGUUUGCAGCCAGGUUAUUUAUAACAGUUUGUUAUUUCUCCUACCAGAGAGCUUGUUUUGUCCUAUAUUAACAGUGAUUAUGGUAACACCUCCCACCUCUGUCUAUGCUGCAGCAGUCACACAAAGGCCUUGCAAUUUCAAUUGUGUCCUUUUGAAAUUCAAUUUUGUUGCCUGCUGGGGUAGAAGCAGAGAUUCCAGUAUGUGAGCUGGAGAUUAAUUCUUCAGCUCUGCUUGUUUGCUCUACCCAGCUCAGCUUACCUGUAUCCGUUCUGCUUCAUUCCUCUCCUCCCACGGAACUGCUUGGGGAACUGGAGUUUUCAGCUUCCACGAGUUUCUUGAAGAUCCGGUUUGUGACCAGCUAUAAUGUGGAGGCCAGUUACAACCGUCCGCUCCUGACAAAGGAGAGCGGCGAGGGCCCCGUCAGCAGCCGGGCGCGGACAUGCACAGUGAGCUCGCCGCGGGCCAGAGAAGCAGCGCCCGCUUCGAGGUGACCGAUAAAUGCCCCGGAGCGCCUGUGAAGGAACUGCCGCGGGGGACUCGUCCCGGCGCUGGUAAAGGUGUCUUGAACCCUCAGAUGUCCUUUAAAGUAGCGGUCAGCAACGGCGGUGACCGCACGGAGCCUCAGCAGAGCCCCCCUGAGAUGUCAGCGCCUCUGCUGGAUUUCAUCCCUAAAAGAGCCAGCAUAUUCGAGAGGAUCCCCAUCCUGCCCAGGGCGCAGGAGCUGCGAUGUGCUAGAGGCUCUAAAGACUAUUUCCAGCAGCAGAAACAUCAGAGCGUGAAGGUGAACGGUGGCUACAAUCAUUGUAACUUGAUCUCCGAGAAGAAGAACAUGAUGGACAUGGAGAUGACAAGUAGCUCGGUACCUGUCUGCAGACAAGGUCUAUUCAUCCACACAGGGAACUCUCUGAUGCGAGACCACCCACUGUCCUGUGAGAGACUGCUUCAUGUUGGUCAGCUGAACUUGACACACUCCGAUAUAAGGUCACCCAGGUUUCAAGACUCAGUUGAUUCUGCUGCUCCAUGCCUGAAUGGAAGUCACCCAGCUCAGCACAUUAAACAAGAAUGCCCGAGUGAUUAUAAGGUUCUGUCUGAGGCUUCCACACAUAGGAGGAUUACAGAGGGGAUGGAGCUAAGAGCCUCUGGUAGUCUGCAUCCUGAAAUAGACCUAAUGAAUAAUAGCUUUACAAAUUCACUUUCAUCCUACUUGUUUAAUAAUGAACAUAGCUCCUCCCUGGGUCCUUUGUCACUUGGCACCCCUCAGCACUCGGCCAGGCUACAAACAAGCAACCUGAAGAAGAGAUGCAUCUCUGUUGUGCCGUCUUCAUCUGAAGGAAUUGAUAUUACAGCUAUCAUCCGCACAUCACAGACGUCACUGGUCACCUGUGUGAAUGGACUGCGAACUAAUUCAGCUGGCAUUUCCUCUCAGCCUGUGGAGAUCAGUCAUCACAGUGCUCAGAAAUCCUCUCGGCCCCAGUCUUGCUCUCAGCCUGGAAACCCUUGCAGUAUUCCCUCCCCUCCAGCAUGUCUUGUACCUAUUUCUGCUGAAUGUGACAGAGGUGACUGUGAGCAGAUACAAAUGCAGCAAGUUGAGGAGAAUGGAAGCCUCAGCCUUCUGAUGAACGGUAGUAGCGUCCCUCAUCAAAACACCUUGCACGGCACCCAGAAGGUGAGUUUCUUAAAACAAGAACCAGCUGACGAUUAUUCCUCCACUGCUGAUCUUUUUCGACAUCACCAGGGGCUGCCUCCUCCUUACCAUCUACACCAGCAGCUAAGCCAGGCCCAAGGGACGCUGCCUCACUUACACGCCUCUAUGUCUCCAAAGUCCCUGCAGCCCAGCGAUGGGGACGAACAGGAGCUCAGCAAUGGCAAACAGGUCUGUCAGUGGAUUGACUGCAGUGCCACUUACGACCAACAAGAUGAACUGGUCAGACACAUAGAAAAGACUCACAUUGACCAGCGGAAAGGAGAGGACUUCACUUGCUUUUGGGCAGGCUGUGUCCGCCGCUAUAAACCCUUCAAUGCUCGAUACAAACUGCUGAUUCAUAUGAGGGUUCAUUCUGGAGAAAAACCAAACAAGUGCAUGUUUGAAGGGUGCAACAAGGCAUUUUCUAGGCUUGAGAACCUUAAGAUUCACCUCCGGAGCCACACUGGGGAGAAGCCAUACCUGUGUCAGCAUCCCGGCUGCCAGAAAGCUUUCAGCAACUCCAGUGACCGGGCAAAGCAUCAGCGAACACACCUGGAUACCAAGCCCUAUGCCUGUCAGAUUCCUGGCUGCUCCAAACGCUACACCGACCCCAGCUCCCUGCGCAAGCACGUGAAAGCUCAUUCUGCCAAAGAGCAGCAGGUGCGUAAGAAGCUAAAUUCCUGUACCGACAUUGAGCAAGAUGUACUAAGUGAAUGCUUAGCUAUGCAACAGCUCCACACAUCUUCACAACACAUUUUGGAUGGCAAGUGUGGUAGAUCUGUAGGUCAUCAUGAUUUAAUUACAGGCAUGUACAGUGGCUCCAGCGCUAACCAUAACGGUCCCUCACCAGGUAUAUUGCCACCUCCUCACGACAUCCCUUCAAGACAGCAUCCACUCGACUCUACCCUUUCCAGCCCACAUCACCACCAGUCACCGUUGGAGAGUGCCAGGGAUGGGCUUGCUCCCAACAUAAUCUCUCCACUUGUCAGCCCCCUGAAAGCAUUAGUUCCACCUUCCCUAUUGCAGAAACAUGGUUCUCCGUCAUCACACAGCCAGUCACCAAACGGGCAGCAAUUUUCUGGAAUACCAAAUAAACCAUACACGCAAUUUCAAAACCAGUCUGUACAGCAGGGAUCUCAAGGUUACCAAGGCAGCUUUCACUCAAUACAAAACUGUUUCCACUAUGGAGACUGCUACAGAACAAUGGACCAGUCUGUCACCAGUGAUGUCCUUACAGGGGAAACCCACUGCUUUAAUCCUCUGAGACAGAAUGGCUAUCACAUACUCAAUGCACCUUUAGCUUCAACAGGCUAUGAUGCAAUCUCUGAAGCACAGUGUGUAUCUGAAGACAUGGUCUCCAAUGGAACUGAUGAAAGUGGAUUCUUCCAGAAUGGCGCCUUUGAUCACUGCUUGAAUCACAUUCCUUCCAUCUAUACAGAUACCUAAGAGCAGUGCUGACCCUGUUGCCUUUAUUAUACUUAUAACUGAGUAUGUAAUAACAAAGGUGUUGUUCAAGUACUUUUAUUUAGUCUGUAUCCCUAUAUGUGCUCAUUUAAACAAACACCUCACAUUUACCAAACCAUUUUAUACAUGAAUAGUCUGUAUAAGAUAAUAUUGGAACCUGUUCCUUUGCUGUGGCACUUUGAAAUUCAUGCUUUAAGGGAAUGAGGAGCAUUUCAAGCAGCUUGUUUUGUAAGUUCUCUCAGUAAAGUGUAAAUGUAAGUUAUAUAAUAAACUUGUAAAGAAG